CGUUCGGCGUCGUAUAUCGCCGUCCGUCGCGCGCGCACACGCCAUUCCGAUAAGACCCACAUUUACUCUCUAGCGACUCCCCUACCCCGGCGGCGCGGGCACACGGCCACGCGCUACCCCGUCCACGGCCGAACCGACCAAAUCGUGUCGGCGGCCGUCGUCGUGCCGCUGCCCGGGAGCGCGUGUGUGCGGCGUUACGGGCCGGGCGCACUUGUAGCUUUGAACCCGCCAACCGCGUCACUUCUGCCCAAGUCGUAUUCGCGCGAUCAUUGUGUUCCACCGACGUAGCAGCACAGCACCACCACCACCACCACCCAAGUGUACAACGUAUAAGAUGGAGUUUAAACAAUUCAAAGAAUUUUCUUCGGAGAUGAUUGAUUAUGUCGGAAAUUACUUGGAAAACAUCCGAGAUCGGAAAGUAUUGUCAUCGGUAAAACCUGGUUAUUUAAGACCACAAUUGCCCGCAGAGGCACCCAAUGACCCGGAAAACUGGAAAGAUGUUAUGUUGGAUGUCGAAAAGUUGAUUAUGCCAGGAGUGACGCAUUGGCAUUCUCCUAGAUUCCAUGCUUACUUCCCCACUGCAAACAGCUACCCGGCUAUGGUCGCCGAUAUAUUGAGUGAUUCAAUUGCUUGCAUAGGAUUUUCAUGGAUAUCAAGUCCAGCAUGUACUGAACUAGAAGUGGUCAUGAUGGAUUGGCUAGCCAAAAUGAUUGGCCUACCAGAAAUUUUCCUAGCUUCUGCCGGCCAAGGAGGAGGUGGAGUUAUUCAGGGGACGGCCAGCGAGGCGACGUUGGUUGCGUUGCUAGGGGCCAAAGCGAGGGUGCUGCAGCAGCUGAAACAAGCGAACCCGACACUGGUGGACGCGGACAUCGUGCCCAAGCUGGUGGCGUAUUCGUCCGAGCUGUCCCACUCGUCCGUGGAACGGGCCGGUCUGCUGGGCGGCGUGCUGCUCCGCGCGCUGGCCACGGACGGCGAGCACAAGCUCCGCGGCGACACUCUGCGCGAGGCCAUCAUCAAGGACCGCGCGGACGGGCUCAUCCCGUUCUUCGUGGUGGCCACGUUGGGCACCACUAGCUGCUGUUCGUUCGACCGCCUGGACGAGAUCGCCGAGGUGGGUGUCGACGAGAACAUAUGGGUGCACGUGGACGCCGCGUACGCCGGAUCAGCGUUCGUUUGUCCGGAAUAUCGUCACUACACGAAAGGUGUCGAAUUGGUCGACUCGUUCAAUUUCAAUCCACACAAGUGGCUUCAAGUCACCUUCGAUUGUUCAGCAAUGUGGCUAAAAAAUCCAAACCACGUGAUAAAUGCCUUCAACGUAGAUCCGCUUUACUUAAAACACGAACUCGAAGGACAAAUGCCAGAUUACAGACAUUGGCAAAUUCCAUUGGGAAGACGUUUCCGAUCGCUAAAAAUGUGGUUUGUAUUUCGAUUAAUUGGUGUUGCAAACCUUCAAAAAUCUAUCAGGAAAGAUAUCAAUCUUGCUCUAGAUUUCGCCAAACGAGUGGAAGAAGAUCCAAACUUUGAACUGUUUAACGAAGUUACUAUGGGAUUGGUGUGCUUCAGAAUUAAGGGAUCCAAUGAACUCAAUGAAACGUUAUUGAAAGAGAUUAAUGAUCGAGGCAAAGUGUACAUGGUUCCUUCAAAGGUCAAAGGAACAUUUUUCUUGCGAAUGGCUAUUUGCUCUAGAUAUACACAAAUCGAAGACAUCAAUUUCACUUGGAACGAAGUGCAAGAAUCCGGCAAAGCUGUACUAAGUAAACAGUAAAAUAAGUUUACUUAGAGAGUUGACAAACAAUUUUAUUGUAAAAAUAAUAUUAAAACACCUAUUAUUCUCAA